CUUAGAUUAAGGAUUGGCCUCCACUGCACUCCAGAUAGAUACCGCACUACCUAAGAACAAUAGCUAUUUUAUUACAGCAACUAUUAGAUGCUUGUGUGCGUGGCAUCUUGACACUCAAUGGCAUCUUUAAAAUGUUUUGUGAUACAUGUUCAUCUAAAAACAGAACUAGGGUAGCCCAAUGCGUGACUGAAAACCGCCAAGUGGUUGAUCCAAGCAUGUGCAGUUAUCAUCAAAUGCCAGUUUUGGAAGAGCCGUGCGAUAAAGACAAAUUACCUGAUUGCGAAGUACAAUGGUACGCGACCCAGUGGAGCAAAUGUUCAGCGUUGUGUGGUAAAGGUAACAAAACACGUCUUGUAUUCUGUGGACGAUACGACGGGGUAUCGGUGGAGAAGGUUGAUGACAAGCAAUGCAGCAAACUAGAACGAUACAGCGAUACCAAGGAAUGCGAAGUCCCGAAUGAAAAAUGUCCAGCACAGUGGUUCGCGGCACCGUGGACUAAUUGUACAAAGGUAUGCGGCGGCGGUGAACAGAAACGAGCAAUUAUGUGUCUUCGCGGUAACAAGGAGUCUAAAGACUGUGCUGAAGAUUCCAUUCCUGAGAACUGGCGAUCAUGUAAUGAACAGCCCUGUGAUGAAGACCAAAUGCUACCAUUGAAUACUAAGUCUACACCCAUUAUGGAUGAUGAUUACAUUCUCGGGGAAUGUAUUGAGUACGAAAAGGACUACGAAGAAGAAGGAGCCGAAGUUAUUGAUGACACUCUUCCCAGUAAUGAGCUCGACGUCAUGUUUAGUGAUAGCCCAGUUCUAGAAGGCUCUGGUGGCUGGACCGCUUUCACUGAAAUUGAAUCAGAAUUUACUACUGAAGAAGGCUCUGGUGCAGAUAUAAGUGUAACGGAGGUAACGGUGACUCUUAGCGAAUUCACAACAGAUACUAACACAGAUGAAUCUACUGAUAUCACUAUAGCAUCGACAACUUUAACAAAUACCAAUAAACCUUCUGAACACACUACAGAAACCGAAACAAACACCGACGAAACUACCGAAAGUACUGAAGAAUCCACAACUGUAACAAACACAAACAAUGAUGCUGAAAGCACUAUUUAUUCAUCAACUACUGACAUUGCAACUGAGAGUACGAUUGAUUCCACCACUGGAACAAAUAUUGUAGAAUAUACUGAAAGUACGACCGGAACAAAUACAGAUAAUGUAACAGAAAUUAAUUUAGAUUCAACAACUGAAACAAUUACUGAUGAAUCUACUGAAAGUAGUGUAGAACCCACAACUGGAACAAAUAUUGAAAUUACUAUAGUUUCAACAACUGAAACAAAUACUGAUGAAUCUUCUGAUAGUACUGUAGAAACAACUACAGAUACUGCUACUGAUACUACUUUAGAAUCUACGACUACAACAAAUAAUGACAAUGGAACUGAAAGUACUAUAGAUUCAACAACUGAAACUAAUACUGAUGAAACAACUGAAAGUACUGUAGAAACAACAACAGAUAAUACUACUGAAAUAAGUAUAGAAUCUACCACCGGAACUAACAAUGACAAUGAAACUGAAAGUACUAUAGAUUCGACUACAGCAACAAAUACUGGCGAAUCUUUCGAAAUUACCAUAGAAUCUACAACUGGUACAAAUACUGACGAAUCUUAUGAAAGUACUAUAGAAUCUACAACAGGAACAAAUGGAGAAAAUGCUUCUGAAAGUACUUUCGAAUCAACGACAGGAACAAAUACUGACAAUGGAACUGAAAGUACAAUAGAAUCCACUACUGAAACGAGUACAGAUAGUACUAUUGAUAGUACUAUUAAAUUCACAACUGGAGCAAAUACCGACGAUGAAACUGAAAGCAGUUUAGACAGCACAACUGGAACAAAUACUGACAAAUCAUCUCAAAGUACUGUAGAAUCUACAUCAGACAGCUCUACUGAAACAACUAUAGAAUCUACAACGGGAAUGAAUACGGAUGAAUCUACAAGUGGCACAACUGAUGUAGGUCUUCAGACUGGUAGCACAGAAAUAGGAACAGAAAUAGUCUCGACAACAGAUGCUGGGUUCAGUUCGACUGAAAGCUCUACUAUAACAGAAGCUGGAACAACACAGACUGGAACCAGUGAAUAUGCCGAAACAUCUUCCAUCGAAUCUAACGAACCAACAUCAUUAACGCAAGAAAGUACUACUGAAGCUCAAUUGGACUGGAAAUCAACUGUGGAAGUAUACACUCAACGGCAGAAAUGUAAGAUUAGGCGUAAGAUCGCUAAAUGCACGGAUAUUCGGAUAUAUCCGUACGGAUGCUGUCCUGACAAACGAACACCUGCGAAGGGGCCUUUCGAUUUAGGUUGUAAGAACAUUACGACGUGCGCUGACACAAAGUACGGUUGCUGUCCCGACGGUGUAUCACCAGCUCUGGAUGAUAAAGGAGCGGGCUGUCCUGUCACACCCUGUAACGAGACGCUCUACGGCUGCUGCAAGUCUGACAACAUUACUGCUGCUACUGGAAAUGAUGAUGAAGGAUGUCCCGUAAUACCAGCCUGCAAGACUAUAGAGUAA